GGUGAAGCCGCGGGGGCGCACGUGUGCGCCUGGAGCGGCCCGACCAGGAGGAGCGUCCAGGACGCGCGCGUCUACCUGGGAAUACUGAUGCUGCUCCACCUCGUGCUGCGCGCGGAAGCCUCGUCCGCGUCCAAGUCCUGCGAAAAAAGCUGCUUUUCAGGGACGUGCGUGAACGGGACGUGCGUGUGCGACCACGGCUGGGUCGGGGAUCAGUGCCAGCACUGCCAGGGCAGAUUCAAGUUAACAGACCUGUCCGGCUCUCUCACCGACGGUCCCGUCAACUACAAGUACAAGACCAAAUGCACCUGGCUGAUCGAGGGAUUUCCGAACGCCGUGCUCAGGCUGCGCUUCAACCACUUCGCCACCGAGUGCAGCUGGGACCACAUGUACGUCUUCGACGGAGACUCCAUUUACGCCCCGCUGAUCGCCGUCUUCAGCGGCCUGGUGGUCCCGGAGUCCAGGGGCAACGAGACCGUCCCCGAGGUGGUGACCAACUCUGGAUACGCUCUGCUGCACUUCUUCAGCGACGCCGCCUACAACCUGACCGGCUUCGACAUCGCAUACUCGAUCAACUCCUGCCCCAACAACUGCUCGGGUCACGGCCGCUGCAGCACGGCCAACUCCGCCGCCGGCCGCGUCUACUGCGAGUGCGACAAGUACUGGAAGGGCGACGCCUGCGACAUCCCGUACUGCCGGGACAACUGUGGCAGCCCGGACCACGGCUACUGCGACCUGACCGGGGAGAAGCUCUGCGUCUGCAACGACAGCUGGCAAGGUCCGGACUGCUCGCUCUCCGUCCCCUCCACCGAGGCCUUCUGGGUGCUGCCCAGCAUCAAACCCUCCACCCAGUCUCUGGGCCGCGCGUCCCACCGAGCCCUGGUGCAUUCUGGGCUCAUGUGGGUGGUGGGGGGCUUCUCCUUCAACUACUCAAACUACCACAUGGUUCUGAACUACAACCUGGACAGCGGCACGUGGGACGUGGUGCCCUCCAGCAGCGGACCGCUCUACAGAUACGGACACUCUCUGGCUCUCUACCAGGACGACAUAUUCAUGUUUGGCGGGAAGCUGGAAGCCGCCGCGGCCGCCAACAUCACGGACGAGCUGUGGGUGUUCAACAUCCCCCGGCGCACCUGGUCGCUGCGGAGCCCGGCCCCGCCGCCCCCCUACAGCCUGGAGGGCCACACGGCCCACGUGGUGGAGCUGGCCGACGGCGAGCCGGCCAUGCUGGUCUUCUUCGGCUACUCGCCCGUCUACAGCUACGUCAACAAGGUCCAGGAGUACAGCAUCAGGUCCAACUCGUGGCAGGUGUUGUCCCCCGGAGGCGCCGUGGUCCAGGGCGGCUACGGCCACAGCAGCGUCUACGACCAGGCCAGCGGCUGCGUGUUCGUCCACGGAGGGUACAAGGCGCUCAACAACAACAAAUACGGCCUGGUGGAUCACUUGUACCGCUACCACGUGCACACGAAGACCUGGCUGAUCCUCAGGGAGAGCGGCGUGGCGCGCUACCUCCACUCGGCGGCGCUGCUCAGCGGCGCCAUGCUGGUGUUCGGCGGCAACACGCACAACGACACGUCGCUCAGCAACGGGGCCAAGUGCUUCUCCGCCGACUUCUUGGCGUACGACAUCGCUUGUGACGAGUGGACGCUGCUCCCCAGACCGGCGCUGCACCGCGACGUCAACCGCUUUGGACACUCAGCUGUCGUGAGCAACGGCUCCAUGUUCAUCUUCGGAGGGUUCUCUGGUCUUCUUCUCAACGACGUGCUGGCCUACACUCCCCCCUCCUGCCUGGCCUUCCGCAGCCCGGCCGCAUGCGCCGGCGCUGGACCGGGUCUGCGCUGCCGCUGGCUCAAAGCCAGAUGUGUCCCCUGGGAGCUGAGGCCACCGGAUGACGCUUCACCUGCCCCUUUCUGCCCCUCACGGCCUGACAGCACAGACGAGCAGUGUUUCCGGUUCUCCGACUGCGCCAGCUGCACGGCCAACACUCAGGGCUGCCAGUGGUGCGAGGACAGGAAGUGCAUCUCCGCUUCCAGCAACUGCACUGUGCUGACUCUGGAGCUGGCCCAGCAGCAUGGCGGCGCUCUGUCUCUGUCUCCACCUCCAUCCAUGUUGUCUGAGCAUCAGCUGAGCUUGUGGAAGCACGGAGCCCGGAGGAGAGGACAUUCGGUGACGGAGCCGGCCCGGUGUAAGCGCCGGGAGGAGCAGGAGUGUUUCAGGCUGGUGAACUGCAGGAGCUGCUCCCUCAACACCAACUGCCAGUGGGAUUCGCAGCAGCAGGAGUGUCAGGCGCUGCCCGGCCAGCUGUGCGGGGAGGGCUGGCACCACGUCGGGGAGGCCUGCCUGAGGAUCAACUCCAGCAGGGAGAGCUACGAUAACGCCCAGCACUACUGCAAAAACCUGGGAGGAAACAUCGCCUCCCUGCUCACAGACAAACAGGUCAAUUUUGUUCUGGAGGAGCUACAGAAGUAUCAGCUGCAAGACAAGAGCCUGUCCCCCUGGGUGGGCCUGAGGAAGAUCAACGUGUCGUACUGGGGCUGGGAGGACUUGUCCCCCUUCACCAACAGCAGCCUGCGCUGGGCGGCCGGCGAGCCCAGCGACUCGGGGUUCUGCGCCUACAUGGACGGCCCGCAGGUGGCGGCGCUGAGAGCGAACCCCUGCACCGCCACCACCGACGGGCUGAUCUGUGAGAAACCCGCAGGGAGUCCUCAGAGCCAGAGCGCCCGGCCCUGCAAGACGCCGUGCGCUCUGCGCACCAGCUGCUCCAACUGCACCAGCCAGGCCAUGGAGUGCAUGUGGUGCAGCAGCACGCAGCGCUGCGUCGACUCCUCGGCGUACGUCGUCUCCUUCCCGUACGGCCAGUGCCUGGAGUGGCAGACGCAGGACUGCAGCGGUGAGAACUGCUCGGGCAUCCGGACGUGCGCCGAGUGCCUGGAGAGGGUGGAGUGCGGCUGGUGCGGCGACCCCAGCAACGGCCGGGGCGCCUGCAUGGAGGGGUCCUACCGGGGCCCCGCUGAAGGCCGCGCACCCCCGAGCCGGACCCCGGGACCGGGACCGGCUGCGGGACCGGGACAUGCGGUGGACCAGGGUCUCUGCUCCUCAGACAGAGGCUCCAACUGGGCCUUCAUCAGUGGUCCCGCAUGUCAGUGUAACGGUCACAGCCGGUGUGUGAACGGCAGUGUGUGUGAGAGCUGCGGGAACCUGACGGCGGGCUCGCACUGCCAGAGCUGCAUGGCCGGUUACUACGGCGACCCCAACGGCGGCAAGUGCAACGCGUGCAAGUGCAACAGCCACGCCAACGUUUGCCACGUCAACACCGGGAAGUGCUUCUGCACCACCAAGGGCGUCAAAGGAGACCAGUGUCAGCUAUGUGACUCAGAAAACCGUUACCUUGGUAACCCUCUCCGAGGAACCUGCUAUUACAACCUGCUGAUCGAUUACCAGUUCACCUUCAGCCUGCUGCAGGAGGACGACCGAUACUACACCUCCAUCAACUUCAUGGCCACGCCUGAGCAGGCCAAUAAAAACCUGGACAUGUCCAUCAACGCCUCCAACAACUUCAACCUCAACAUCACCUGGUCCUUAAGCUCCACAGCCGGCACCAUCUCAGGGGAAGAGAUGCCCAUCAUCGCGAAGACCAACAUCAAGGAGCACCGAGACAGUUUCUCCUGCGAGAAGUUCAAUUUCAGGCUUCACCACAACAUCACUUUCUACGUGUACGUGUCCAAUUUCAGCUGGCCCAUCAAGAUCCAGAUCGCCUUCUCUCAGCACAACAACAUCAUGGACCUGGUGCAGUUCUUCGUGACUUUCUUCAGCUGUUUUCUGUCGCUGUUGCUGGUCGCCGCUGUCGUUUGGAAGAUCAAGCAGACCUGCUGGGCCUCACGCCGGAGAGAGCAGCUGAUGAGAGAGCGGCAGCAGAUGGCCAGUCGUCCCUUCGCCUCGGUGGCCGUGGCGCUGGAGGCGGGCGACGACCAGGAGGAGCUGCUGCAGGCGGUGCCGAAGCCCAUCGCCAUGGAGCCGUGCUGGGGAAGCAAAGCAGGCGUCCUGACUGUGCUGCUGUACCUGCCCAGAGUCCCGUCUGGAAUCCCUCCACCCGGACAGUCAGGCAUCGCCAUCGCCAGCGCUCUGGUGGACACGUCUCAGCAGCGAGCGGCGGACUUUAAAGACAGAGCCCUCGGCCUCAAGCACCGCAAACACACCGUGCACCAUCAAGGCACCUGUGUAUGAUUCAGAGAGCGUCGGCCGGAAGGCGAUAUGACACGUCCGACCUGCCCGCAGCCUGGGGAUUUUACUCAAGACACUGGCUGCAUGCGCAGGGAGACUCUGCAAACAAAAGGCCAAGCCUGAGGGAAUUGGGUUUAGAUCGUCCUCGAUCGCGAAGGAGGAUAUUUUAACCGCCAACCGGAGAGGGGGGGGGGGGUGUUGACACUGGAGGCUCCUUUCUGCCUCGGAUCACAUAGAGGAUUUCUUCUGUGUCGAAACUAAUUGCAGAUUGACAACAGGAAUGUGUCUCUCCACAGGAAGAGAAGGGAAGCUGUCACACUCUCUCAUUUUCAUGCUCGUCUCCGGGGCUUCGCCCCUCUGUCGGUCACACAGUCCGCCGUAUUGACGGGGAAAGAGGAGGGAAAAAAAAACCUGUUGUUUUUCACUAAUAAACCAAACUAAAUGGCUUUGAGCUCCAGUGAGAGGUAUUGAACUGAAAUGAAGUCCACCAGAUUUACGGAGCCGCUGAGGAGCGGCGAGGAGCCGCGCAGAUCGAUGCAGAAUUCCCGUCACGUGGAUCCGCUGUGAGCACCGAGUGGACGCUUUCCAGUCUGCGCUCGUUUAAGGACCGCAUUUUGCUAUGAAAACAUUGGAUGUACACACUGAUUUGUGUCUUUUUAUGUCGUUCUCCCCACGCCGACGUUCAGAGUUGUAGAUUUCGGUAACUGCUCAGGUCCUCUGCGAUUUUUAAAAAAAAACAGACAAAAAGCUCCUAAUUGUAGCCGUGGGAUCUUCAACACACACAUCUGUAUAUGCACUACCAGUGAAAUGCUUUACCAGUACAUCAGGAUGAUAAUAUGCAACUGAUCAAGCGAAGCUGACGUUGAUCCCGCGCUGCGGCGCGACCUCCGGGUCGGCCUCAGCGGACUCGUACUACUGAUCACACCUCCGCUCGGCUCCCGUCACGGCUGUGAGGCCGCCGCAGGCGUCAGUCCUCAUGAACUUCAUCCCACUCGAUCUGUGACACACAACCUUUAACGCAACAUAUCUAAGUGAAAUUUAUUAAUUAUGCAAUUUGCAGUCAAAGAAUACUUCGGCAAGUUUUUACCAAUGCACUAAGACUUUUUUUUUUUUUUAACAGAGACUGAAUAAUUGUUUUUUAUAUGAGCAAAUCUGUGCUGUAUAACCCUGUUUCUCUUUUCUUUUAACCCACACUGUUUUCUUUCAUUUAAAAAUAUAUAUUUUAUGCAUAUCAUAGCUGGAAAAAAAAAGAAAAAGGAAGAAAGAUGUCAAGAUCCUCUUUAUCUGUUGUGUUAAAUCCUCUUCUAACGUUGUGAAGUCACCUUUUACCGACAGCACGUCCGCCGUAGCGUCACGUUGUAUGCACAGGUAUCGUCUAUGUGUGGAGCCUGGCUCUUUUCCGCUCAGGCCUUUUUUGUCUUUAUGUGAUUUUGCACCAGUUUUUUGCGCUUAACUUAACAACAAAGGGCAGCUCGACACGCCGUUUUGGUCCGUAUGAGCUUAAAAUCUGUACAUUUUCCAAUUAAAAAGGUUUUCAUGCUGA